UCUUUUUUUUUUUCAUUUUUUUUUCCUCUUCAUUUUACUUCCGUUUGUAUGCGUUUCCAUUCUCUUUUUUUUUCCCCAUCGACCUCGCGUGCAUUUCGAUGAGAAGAAAGAGAGCAACUCCGCGCGGGACCGACGGUCUUUACGCCACUGAAUGAGGGACGAUCAGUCGUGGUGCAGGUGCCAGAAAGAGUAUGCAUGCUGGCGAGUGAUCGUUAGACAAGGACGAGCGCAGCGGUCGCGGGAGUGGGCAGGAAACGGUUCGGUUCGGACUAUGUAAGACGACGAGGCGGCGGCCGAGGGGUCCGAUCGAGUCGAGUUUCCAUCGAGACCGGAGUAGUGUCCGAUCGGCCGUCGCGGCGCGUGGAGCUUUCCGCCGUUCGCGAUCUGUUCGCUUCGUCCAAGAUCGUAGGGUACAAUUAAUCAGCGAAGAACCUGGUACAAUCAGAAGCUUCGUCCAUAGGCUAGACCACCGUGAACGUCUCGAUUGUCCGCGCGAAAGAGCCUUCGUGAAUUGGAGAACGGGACAUCCUCGAGAAAAAGUGCAAGAUUGAGAUGAAUCCCGUGGUCGGCAGAAACGCGCGAUUGAGAGAGGUAGUGAAGUGGUGACGCGAGGUAAACUCUACCGCGACGUCGGUGUCUUGCGCGGAUUUUACUCUCGAUACUUUACUCGUGUGUGCUUGAGGCGAUCGCUUCGGUGAUCGGUCUUACCAGCAUUAUAAAAUCCUAGAAAAAGAAGAAGAGAACAAGAUAGGAGAUCCUUUUCUUGUAAUAUCGUUAUCGAUAUAGCAAUUCAACGACAUACGAAAUGGAGAACACGGCGACGUCCAAUGUUCUUCUGAUGUCGAAGAUCGGCGCGAUGGUCGGUCUUGGCUUUGGUUCCCUCGCACUGGGAACGCUGCCGUUGAUGGUAGGACGUUACAGGGCUAAGAAGCGACUUCGCCAGAAACGUCACCAGAAACGCCACCAGGCGAUCUCUUUCAACCAUUCUAGCACCUCCACGUCCACUUCAGCGUCCGAUACUUCUUCGCCGAACGUCGAUUCGGCCUCCGCGGCGAAUAAACAAGGUCUCUUGACGUCGCUCUUGCUCUGCUUCGGCGGCGGCGUGCUCCUGUUCACGACGUUCGUACACCUGGCACCGGAAGUUCGUGCUAGCGUAGAGACACAUCAGUCGAAUAAACAGCUGCCCGAUUUGGGUUCUCUCGGUCUGGCUGAGUUGCUCUUCUGCGGUGGUUUCUUCCUCGUUUAUCUGGUCGAGGAAGCCGUGCAUGCCGCCCUUACCGGCAAACCCGAAUCUUCGGAAGCGUUACUCUACCGGACAGUAUCGGUGCGCAGAUGCAACAACAAUCAGACGGGUCCAUCAAGUUCAUCGGUGAUGUCGAAUGGCUCGAUCACCACCGUAUCCACGACGACCAAGUCCACCAUGUGGAAAGACAUCAAUGAUACCGAGGACAACAAGGAUCGAGUAAACCGGCUGAAACUCCAGAUCGAUGAUUCUCGCGACCAGACAGGCAAGGACGACAAAGUACUGCCGCCUAUAUUCGUCCUGCCUGUCGGGUUAUCAAACGAAGAACAUCAAGUUGUUCGGAGACAUUCUGAUCUAGAAUUAGCAAUGCCUGAACUAAAUUAUUCGAUCAAUCACAAUUAUUCUCAUGAUGAUGAUGAGGAUGAUCAUCAUCAUCAUCAUCAUCGUCAUCAUCACGGCGUGGUACAAAACACCUCGGUACAAGGACUAUUGACUGUGCUCGCGUUGUCCUUUCACGCGAUAUUCGAGGGUCUAGCGGUAGGUUUGGAACCAUCUAUCAGUUCGGUUGCAUAUCUGGCUGCCGCUAUCGCGACCCACAAAUUGGUGAUCUCCUUUUGCGUCGGAAUGGAGCUCUACGUGGCCGGCGCGUCGACCAAGACCACCCUCGGUUACCUGUCAAUCUUUUCCAUGGUUACUCCGAUUGGGAUCGCCGUGGGACUCGUCCUUGAUCAUUUCAAGAACGACAGCGAGAAUUUGGGGCCCACACCCACCAUACUCCAAGGCAUGGCGGCUGGUACCCUACUUUACGUGGUAUUCUUCGAGGUGUUAGCACGGGAGAGGGCAAACGAGAAGAGCGGCUUGCUGCAGCUAGUUGCAAUCAUUAUUGGCUUUACGCUGAUGUUGGGUCUACAGAUCGCCACUGCUCAUUCCCACUCACAUGGUGGCAAUGGCCACGGACACUCACACGGUGGCCAUGGACACUCGCAUGAUUGCCAUGGAAGUUCGCCCAACCAUACGGAGAUAGAAGAACAAGAUGAUCACGAUCAUGAUCACAAUCACAAGCACGACGUAGUCACAGGGGUGAUCGACAAAGUGACCGACAGCAUCGCCGAGGUCCUCACUAAUGCCCUCACGUCCUCGACGACGCCGUUGACGAUGGCACAGAGGAAUAAUGUAAACGAGACCAGCCCGUUGCAUCCUCAGCGCAGUUAGGGAACCGAUCUUUGGGUUCCCGUAAGUUCCAAGUUCCACGAAUGAAUUCUCACCGGCAAGAGAUUUCAGCGCAACCAGAUCUCUCGGGAAACUCGAAGAUCUCGAGAUGGCGAUAAUGCCUUUACUCAGGGGACUCUUUUCGCAAUUUUUUUUAUCAUUUAGCAAAGACAAUGAAAUAUUGAGGCAAGAAGAAAAUCGGCGUCGGCCUGACUUUUUAAUGUGUGAAUCUACACAUCGAUUGGCUGGACCUGUUAAUGUAUGUGGUGCAAAUAGGAAAACUUGCUAUGUUCGAUAAGACGGCCUUUCAUUGCUGCAUUGACUGGGAACGGCGUGAUGGAAUAAACUUUCUGGAUUUCCGAUCUUUCCGUUGAUUUAUCGCGACAAACAUCCCGAAGAAUUUUUCGCUCAAAGUAGCGAUAAAAAAAAUACGUUCAUGCGCCGAUAUAUUGUAUCCGAGUUUAUUUUUUUAGAUGUGUAAUAGAGAGUAAGUUAAUACGUAGUGCAUGAUUAUUUAAAUGCCUUCAAGACUUAUUGUUAGAUACUCCGAAGUAUCAAAAGUAUUUAUUGAUGAAGGCAUUCUCCAGAAGAGUCUAAAUAAUUCUUGAUAAUAAUACAGAAAAAGGAUGCUGAGCUUAUUGCGAGAGUCGGUCUAUCAAUUUCCUAAAUAUUCAACGAAUCCAAACA